AUGGGGAUUGUAGACCUGUUGAGAAGCAAAAUUGAAAACAAAACAAACAUAAAUGAAAGUGAACCGAGAAUUAGUUGGGUGAAACUUGUUCCGAUUAAGGUGUCGACUUUUAUUUGGAGAGCCAACAUGGGGAGUAUUCCAUCUGCUAUAGAACUCAGUCGAAGGGGUAUGAUGCUAAGUUCUACUUAUUGUAGCUUGUGUAUUAGCGGAGAAGAAAGUUGUGACUACCUUCUGAUUAAGUGCCCUUAUGCGACUGAGGCGAGGAACUUAAUUUUCCAAUGGUGCAACAUAAACAGUCCUCAGCUUGAGACGGUUGGAGAUACGAUUCAAUUUGUUGUGACUUGGGGAUGGAAUGUCAAGAAGAAAGAGUGGCUUACAGCUAUAUGUUAUGGUCUCGUAUUGUGCCUUUGGAAAGCUGGGAACGACCGAAUCUUUAAGGUAGUGUUUAGCGUGUCUUCUCGAAUAGUGAACAACAUUAAAUCCCCUUAG